AUGCCACCAACCCUCCACCCGCUGCACGCCCAAGUCUCCUCAGCCCUACACUCGCGCCACCACAUCCCCGUCGACCCGCGAUGGCUAAACGACUUCCUCACCUCGCGGGGCCCCAACCCGCCUCCCGUCGCGGCCCUCAUCUCAACAGCCCACUUCCGCAUUCUGGCAAGCGACAUCACGACGUCAAUCUCCACAGCCACCACCGCUGCCGCGCCGACAUUCCCCGAGGACGCAAGCGACGUGACGGUCCACGAACGUCGGCUUGAAGGACAUGUCAUCGUGCAGGUGCUGGACGUGCACGACGUGGGAGCCAGCAAGUUCAGCCAGAUCGAGGCGAUCGAGCGCGUCGAGCGCGGCGAGGAGAUCCGUGGCCGUGAAGUCAUUAGGAGUGUGCGUGUCGAGUCGGGUCAUGAUGGUGACGAUGAGGGCGCCGCUACUAGUACUACUAGUACCAACAACGCCGUCGCAACCACCACUGGUGCCACUUCGACAAGCAGCACGUCGACGAAACUGACGUCGGGACCCCACAAGCUGGUCGUCCAAGAUGCAAAGGGGACGCGCAUGUUCGCAUUGGAAGUCGAAAAGGUGCCCAAACUCGGGGUGAGCGUGAGCGCGGGGGCCAGGGUUCCGACCGGUACUUCUGGUAGUGGUGCUGUCAUCGGCGCGGACGAUCCGGGAAUGUUCAUCGGGUGUAAGCUUCUUUUACGGCCUGGGACGGUGGUCCGGCGUGGCAUAAUCAUGUUGACGCCAGGAAACUGUGUGGUGAUGGGAGGGAAGGUCGAGGCUUGGGAUAAACAAUGGAGGGAGGGACGAAAGGGAAGGUUGGUCGCGUUGAUGGCGGAGGGGGGUUCAAGUUCGAAUUCGAGUUCGAAUGCAAACCCGAAUGUGAAUGGCACAGAUGUGGGUGGAUGA